AUGAGAUUCAGGGUGAUACUAACAUCCUGUUUCAGGGCUGAUCGAAGGUCGGGGAGGAACAUCCGGGGCCCACACUCUGCUCUAACUGAUUUUCUUGCCUCUAAUAACAUCUCCGCCGCUCAAAUCCGCGAUGAGUAUGACCGCCGGGUGGCGGAUGCGACGCGUCAGGCCGCCGAAGAGGAAGAAGCCGCUACACUUGACCGUGAAGAAGCUGAGUACGAGCCGACGCCUGACCCAGAGUCCCCCGAAGACAAAAGCAAGAAGCGCAAGAGACAGCAAGCCAUCGAGAAAAUCAAGAAGAGCAAGGAAUUUGCCCGCCGCAAGGCCCGGCGAACCGGGGAGCCGGAUGAUGAUGACGAUGCCUUGGCAAAUACAAUGAUAAGCGAGAAGCAGCGGCCUAACCCGGGUCAGCUGGAUAAUUGCGAAAUCUGUGGCAAGCGUUUCACGGUCACUGCCUACAGUAAGACAGGUCCCAGUGGAGGCCUUCUCUGCGCAGACUGUUCUAAGAAACAUGUCGAUGGCGGUAAAAAGGGACCGGUCAAGAAGCGCAGCUCAGGAAUCGGACGUCGUAAGAACCAGAGCAACUUGCUGGAUGGCAUGGCUUCCCAUGGUACCCAGAGCUUGCUGGAGACAUGUAUCAAGAAAGUUGCCGACAACAUUGAUGAUGUGGAAGAAUUCGGCGACCUUCCUCCCCCGGUGAUGCAUCGUUUGAGUCAAAUUUUGUCCAGAAAACGCGCAGUGACCUCUAAGACCCUGGAUCUCUUCUUACGACCCAGCCACAGGGAAAUAAACAUCUAUGACUGUGCAAGGCUCGACACCGAUGAUUAUCACAAGAUUCUCGCGUCCAUGCCCCGUUUGACUCGACUGAAUCUGCGAUUUGUAACUCCGAUGAAGGAUCGCGUUUUCCAGUACAUGAUAGAUCGCGAUAUGAACAUUCAAGACCUUCAUUUGGACUCGCCGAAUCUUGUGACCGACGAUUGCUGGCGCCAAGUUUUCACGGAGUUAGGACCCAGGCUGCAGAGCCUGAAAUUGUGGAACAUUGAUUCUGCGUUUGACGAUGAAACCAUGCAGAUCAUGUGCAAGAGCUGCACCGGUCUUCGGCGCCUAAAACUGAAGUAUCUCUGGAAAAUUGGCGACAAGGCGCUCGAAUCGAUAGCGACAUUGAAGAAUCUAGAGCACUUGUCACUACAUUUUAGCCAGGAAACCAACCCCGAACCUCUGCUGCAGGUCAUUACCGAGGUCGCUCCUAAGCUACGCUCUCUCUCUCUGGAGGAGUUUCGACUCGCAGAUGACAGGCUGUUGCAACAUAUCCACGAGCAUUGCCAUCAUCUGUCCAAGCUUCGUAUCACCAAGAAUGAUCUAUUCACGGAUAAAGAACUGGCAGCGCUCUUCCGUGGAUGGUCUAAUCCGGCCUUGCGAUUUGUGGAUUUCAAUAAUCUUCGUGAUGUGGAUAUGUCAAACCCCGCCGGGCCACCUGAGCCUGUUGGCCUUGCAUCAGAUGGAUUCAUCGCUCUGAUGGAACACUCGGGCUCCAAGAUCGAAACUUUGAACAUUGCCUCUUGUCGCCACAUUUCACAUGCGGCAUACGAGGAAGUCUUUUCCGAGCAUAAACGAUAUCCCGAGCUCAAGUAUCUGGACAUCGCAUUCCAAGGGGUUGUGGAUGACUACCUGGCGCAGUGCAUAUUCCGUUGCUGUCCAGCUCUGACCAGACUCGUUGUAUUCGGCUGUUUCAAAAUUCGCGACUUGCGAGUUCCUAAGGGUGUUGCUGUGAUCGGAACUAUGGGGGCCAAGCUGAAAGUAGAUGGGAUCACUCAGAAAGAGAUCGUUUGA